GAUUAGACCUCGCACAUGCUUGAUAAUUAAAUAUAAAUACUUUGUACACUGCAAGUUCUGAAGAGGUAAUAAAAUGGCAUUCAAAAGGUUGAUAUUCUUCUGAUGAACCCACGAGUAUAUCUAUGCAAACUGCGGUGAACAGGUUAAAUUUAUUUCACCGUCGGCUUAGCUUUUGUAAAAAUAAGUUUUUCACGUGCUGAAAUUGGUUGGAACUAAGUAACCAUGGCAGGAAAAAGCAAAAAAAUACAAUUACCCAAAUCUGUUUUGGAUAUGAAGUUCAUGAAGAAAACAAAAGAGAGGAUAGAAAAAGAAAUAGAAAAUACACAAGACCUUGAUAGUUUAUAUUCUAAUAUAAUUACAAAUGAAAUGCGGAGUGCUUCUGGUAACUUUAUAUCAGAGUCUAGCUUCAUAUUUUGUGAAACAAUGCUCGAAGGCAGGCUAUCAUUUAAGGGUAUGAACCCAGAGAUUGAAAGGCUUAUGGAGCUAGAGAAUGGAGCCAAAACUGAAGAUAACAGUGGUGAAAUGGUGAAAGAUGUUUCGGAUGAUAUUCUUGCUAAGAAAAUGGAAAAGUUCAAUAAGAUGAAAAGACCAAGCAAUAGCCCAGUUACUGAAGUAACUAAGAAUAAAAGACGGAAAGAAAAACACAUAAAGAGUGAGGAAAAUCUGUAGACCAAUAACAUAGAACAUGAGCUGGCUAUCUGAAAUUGUAUGAUGGAUUACACGGGCAACUAAAGUAUUGCAAUAUUGAGGCAAUGGAUGUGCUGAAUCAUUUGCUCUUAGCUUAGCUACAUUCUGACCCUUGUUGUAUAUGAAAAAUAUUGUAUUGUGAAAAUAUGUAAAACAUGACUAUGUAUGAGACUCAUCCUCCGAGCCUU